UGAGGCAGAGAGAGCGAGAGGGGCAAGUGCAGCAACAGCAGGAGGAGGAGAAAGAAGAGGCUCGUCGGCGCUGGAACGGGACUGUGCGUAAAUAAACAGCAGCUACGUCGCUAAGAGGAGCUGAAGAGACGGAGUCGCUACAGAAACAGAUUGAAGAAAAUUACAGGGGGAAGAAUAAAAACAACUAUCCAGGGAGUAAAAGGAGAGGAUAUUUGAGUCACUCUGUUGUAGCGUGCAUGUGCCCUCAGACAGAGUGACUGAGCGGCAGAGAGGGCAGAGCAUCGUGGAUUUGGAGAGCAGUUCUGACACAAAAUGAGGAUGGAAAAGAGGAGGAUGGAUGCAGCGCUGCUGGUGUUGAUUUUGGGACAUCUCACCAUCGCUCUGGAGGUCCCAUUAGAUCUUCUGGAAAAAUUACCGCAGCCCCCGACAAUAACUCACCAGUCCCCAAAGGAUUACAUCAUCGAUCCACGAGAGAAUAUUAUAAUUCACUGCGAGGCAAAGGGGAAGCCACAUCCCAGUUUUUCCUGGACGAAAGAUGGGACCCACUUUAACGUUGACGAGGACCCCAGAGUAACCAUGAAGCCACACUCCGGCACACUGGUGGUGGACAUCAGCAUGACGAGGGCCGAAAACUACGAGGGCGUGUUUCAGUGCACAGCGAGGAACAAAUACGGAACCGCCCUUUCCAACAAUAUAGUCGUAAGACAGUCGAGAUCCCCCUUGUGGUCAAAGGAGAAGAUCAGGCCAAUCUUUGUUCAGGAGGGUGCUUCCUUGGUGCUGCCUUGUCGACCCCCGGCAGGCCUUCCUCCCCCCAUUUUAUUCUGGAUGGACAAUAACUUUCAGAAGUUGCCUCAGAGCAGCAGGGUGUCCCAGUCCCUGAACGGUGACCUUUACUUUUCUAAUGUCCGCCGAGAGGACUCCAGGAACGACUACACCUGCUACGCUCGCUUCACACACACACAAACCAUCCAGCAGAAACAACCCAUCACUGUCAAAGUCUUUAACCUGGAUUCAAUCAAUGACACAAUGGCAGAUUAUUACAAUGACACUGAUUUGUUUAGUGAGCCACCAAUGGAUGAUAGGAAACCAAGCUUCCUCAUCCCUUCUGGCCCCUCAAGCUCCAUGAUGGUGCUGCGAGGACACGUUCUGGAGAUGGAGUGCAUCGCUGAAGGACUUCCGACUCCUGAGAUAUCCUGGACCAAACUGAGUGGCGAUCUUCCGUCCAGACGCACGUCUUUCCUGCACUUCAACAAGACCCUUCGCAUUGUAAACGUGUCCGAAUCAGACGUAGGAGAGUACCGGUGCACGGCCAGGAACCAGCUCGGCUUUGUGCACCACACCAUCAAUGUUGCCGUCAAAGCUGCCCCUUAUUGGAUCAGUGGCCCUCCGAGAAACCUUGUUCUGGCUCCGGGAGAGAAUGGAGUGCUGACCUGCAGAGCCAGUGGCACACCCAAACCCCUCAUCACAUGGACCAUGAAUGGCAUCUCCAUGGAGAAUUCACCCACAGAUGUAAGCAGGAAGGUGGACGAUGACAUGAUCAUCUUCACCGAUGUCCAAGCUGAAUCCAGCGCCGUGUACCAGUGUAAUGUCUCUAAUGAGUAUGGUUACCUCCUGUCCAACGCUUUUGUCAAUGUCCUCUCGGAGCCACCCAGAGUGAUGACACCACCCAACAAAAUCUACCAGGUCAUCAAAAAUCACUCAGCCUUCUUGGACUGCUCCUCCUUUGGAUCGCCCCUUCCAAAAAUUACAUGGUUCAAAGGGUCUCGCACUAGCACCCUCGAUGGAGACCCAUACGUUCUGCAUGACAACGGCACGAUAGAGAUUCCUGUAGCUCAAACCCAAAACAGUGGAAAAUACAUGUGUGUUGCCAGAAACACGCGUGGAAUCUCUGAGAAUCAUGUCUUCCUGGAGGUCAAAGAGCCCACCAGAAUCAGAAAGUCGCCAGAGAAUAUAACAGUGCAGAGGGGCAGGUCUGUGGUUUUGGAGUGCGAAGUCGACCACGACGCAACACUUUUCCCCACCAUGACCUGGCUCAAAGACGACGGCGAGCUGCCUGAUGAAGAGAGAUUUGUAGUUGGUUCUGAUAGCCUUAUAAUCAACGAUGUGACGGAGAGUGAUUCAGGGCUGUACACGUGCAUCAGGAACACCACUCUGGACCACGACUCAGCCACCACUGAGCUCUUUGUUGUUGAGGCCAUACCAGAAAAACCCGACCCCACCACUGACCUGGAGCUGACAGACCAGACGAAGAGAAGUGUUCAGCUCACUUGGAUCCCGGGGGAUGAACAUAACAGUCCUAUUCAAAAGUUUCUGAUCCAAUACGAAGACUCGCUGCAUCAUCGAGGUCACUGGCACAACCUUACAGAGGUUCCUGGAACCAUGACAACAGCUCAUCUUAAGCUUUCACCCUACGUCCACUACGCCUUCAGAGUUCUUGCGCUUAAUGCUGUCGGUUACAGCAACCCCAGCAACCCCUCCAAAAAGUACAAAACCGAUCCUGCAGCUCCAGAUGAGAACCCAUCGGGUGUGCAUGGGUUUGGAACCAAACGCGACAACCUUGUAAUUUCCUGGAAGCCUCUGUCACAUCUGCAGUCGAAUGGUCCAGGGCUUCACUAUAGAGUGAGCUGGAGGCAGAAGAGACCAGGCGCUGAGUGGACCACAGAGACUGUGUCCAACUAUUCCAAGUUUGUUGUGUCUGGAACUCCCACCUUUUAUCCAUAUGAGAUAAAGGUUCAGGCUGUAAAUGACGAAGGGGACGGACCUGAGCCUGUUGUUGCCCUCGGCUACUCAGGAGAGGACUUGCCGGUAGCAGCUCCAGAUAACGUACAUGUUGUUGUAAUAAACAGCACUCUGGCAAAGGUACACUGGGAUGCUGUGCCUCGUCAUUUACUUCGAGGACAUCUCAAAGGUUACAAGGUAUAUUACUGGAGAAAGCACAGCGGUCAUAAACAUAACCCUGAUCACAUGGAGAAGGACAUCCUUACAUUCAGUGGGAACCACACUCAUGGGAUGCUACCUGGUUUGCACCCUUUCAGUGCCUACUCAUUUUAUGUAAGGGUCUAUAACGGCAGAGGGGAGGGGCCUGAAAGCCAAACGCAUGACUUUAAAACACCUGAGGGAGCACCUGGUCCUCCUGCCUCUCUGGAAGUGACUGAUACAAACUUGGAUUCUUUAACUCUUAAAUGGAGUCCUCCCAUUGAACAUAAUGGGCACAUCACUGGCUACACCCUUAAAUAUCAAUCAGUCAAUAACUCCAAUGAGCUGGGCCCAGAGGAGGAGCUGGCGCUGGCCGCCAAUCAGACCUCAGUCACUUUGCCCAUCCUCAAGUACAGCAAACGCUACAAGUUUUUAUUGAGUGCGAAAACAAGCAGAGGAGCAGGCCCAACUAUUUCUCAGGAAGCUGUCACCAUCUUGGAUGAAGGAAACACCCAAACACCCCACCCUUAUGCAUGGUCUCCUCCUCAUCGUCCACUUCAUAAGGCACGGCCCACGAGUCCUUUCGCUAACGUUAGCUCCUCGCUUGAAGAAGAUGGGCCUCUGAUCAGUUGGGAGUACUGGGGUCCAGAGAAAAACGUUUAUGUAGAAUACAUAGUAGACAACAGUGAAGAUGGAGGGGAGUGGCAGAAAGAGCUUGUGAAUGGCUCUCAGAACGUUAAGCUGAAAGGCUUAAAGGUCGGCCUCACAUAUAGGGUGCGUGUGGUGGCCAAGGGUCACCACGACCAGCCGCUCCACUCUGAAGAUGUUUUUGUCACAGUCCCAGUCAAAGAGAAAGAGGACGCACACACAGACCCCGAGUUCCAGCCAAUGAAAGACGAUGACUGUACUUUUGUGGAAUACAGUGACAAUGAGGACCAUAAACCGUUAAAGGGGAGCCGCACACCAUCCGACGGCACAGUUAAGAGAGACGACAGUGACGACAGUUUAGUUGACUACGGGGAAGGAGGAGACGGACAGUUCAACGAAGACGGCUCCUUUAUUGGCCAGUAUAGUGGAAAGAGCUCCUGCAGAGACAACGCCGAGGGCCCUGAGAGCUCGGAGGCCCCGUCUCCGAUAAAUGCCAUGAACUCCUUGAACUCCUUUGUGUAGCUAAUUGGUGCUAGCAGAGCAGGAUGGUGUGCUGCGCAGACAGCCUGCAUCCCCCUUCAGUCCCCAAAAACAUCUCCCUUGUCCCUGCGCUGCAUGGCUUCUCCAUCAUACAUUCUCUUCCGCAUUCGCACACGACCCAAGAAACCUAAAUAGACUGCUAAAAGAUAUCUAUGCCUUCUCUUCUUUACAGAGAUGCUUGGAAACUGUUAAUAGCGCUGUGUAUGCACUGUGUAUAAAUGUGUAUUUUUUCCACACGUGACCUCUGCUUUUUGAGCUCAGUUUGAAGGCCAAAAGGGAGUGCUGAGAGCGCAGGAGCUUCCCGUAGUGCUGCUUCAGCAAUUUGUGCCUUUUCACGCAAUUAUUCAAUUCUGAAGAUGCUUUUCUUCGAGUUCACCUACCGGGAAGGAGAAAACAAUGUGACUGCAGAUGUCACAAAUAAGAAGAUCAACCUGGGGACGUUUUGAUUGGAAAAUUUAAUUCCUCCAUGAACUAUCAUGCUCAUAAUGAAUGAGCUCAAAACAUUGUUUUAAGCUUCUUACAAUACAUAAAAAAGGGAUGAUGGUAUAUCUGUAGUGUUUUAUUGAAUGAGGACCUGCGUGUGUGUGUGUGUGUGUGUGUGUGUGUGUGUGUGUGNGUGUGUGUGUGUGUGUGUGUGUGUGUGUGUGUGUGUGUGUGUGUGUGUGCACGCCUGAUAUUAUUCAUUUUCUAUUAGGCAAAAUGUGUUCAUAUGUACCAACUAACCCCGAGGGCCUUUGAAUGGGAUGAAGAUUUUAUUUUUUCUUAACUUGCAUCAAGUUUUAUUUUAUUUUUUUAAAGACCUGUAGAGUAUUUGUUGAAUUUGUAAAUACUUUGAUUGAUUGUACAGGGACAAGCAGCGUAUAUAGCAGUCAAUAAGUGGCAAUGUUGUGCAUGAGUUGGUUUCAUUUGUUCAUAGGGCUGUAAUAAAUGUAGACAACUUGUAGAAAAUCCAUACAUAAAAGUAAAUGUUUUCUUGUUUUCUUGCCACGCAAAUUGUACAUUGUAAUUCAACUAACUGGGCUGAAUUUUUUAUACAUAAAUUAUUGUGUUUUUCUAAAUAUUAUAACUUAGGUAUCUUUCAUCAACACCAUGACGCGCAGACUUGUCUUCUACAUUUGUACUGGUUUUACUCAUUACCAUUUUAAUGCUGCUUUCCUUGACAGUUUUGCAAAUAGUUUUGUAUUUAAGAAACCAAUUUGUACUAAUAUUUUUUUCUUCUCUCUGAUAUAAGUUUUAUUUCUUUUAGUGCAAGUAUGACUUUUGGGCUGCAGGGACUAUAACAGCUAAAUAAAUGAUAAUGUGCUUAAAGUU